GACUGUGGGGCGGAGAGGGAGGGAUUCUGUCGGAGUCACCUCUGCUGGGCACGGGGAGAGGCUGGGAAAGCUCAGAAAGAGCAUCUGGCAACCAAGACUGGGGCUGCUGGGAGGAGGGCAGGAGCGAGGUAAAGGGUUGAAGUUUCGGCCAAACGCCGUUGCAGGAUCAGAAGGGACGACUGGAGGAGGCAUCUGGAGGUCGCAGGUGCACGCUUCCCUGCCAGGGAGGAGCGGGGCUUGCACAGCACCUGGGUGGUCCCAGCCCGCGCGCCUCUGUCCCUGCGCGCGCGCCUCUGCGCUCUGGGAAUCCUGUCCUCGCGCCGCACAGACUUCCCAGCCUUUGCCUUCACUUUCCCUGUUUCUUCUCAACGCGCCCACCGACAAUGGAUGGCAACUCCCUGCUCUCCGUACCAAGCAACUUGGAGUCACCCCUGAUGUAUGAGGUUCCGGAAGCACAGCAGGGCAGCGCUGGUGGCAGCUCCGGAAGUAGCCUGGGUAGCUCCAUCAAGGCAUGUAAGAAGGUUCUCCGCAGCAACAGCCUCCUCGAGUCUACAGACUAUUGGCUGCAGAAUCAGAGGACGCCCUGCCAGAUUGGUUUUGUGGAAGACAAGUCUGAAAACUGCGCAUCUGUCUGCUUUGUGAACCUGGAUGUAAACAAGGAUGCGUGCAGCACGGAGCACCUACAGCAGAAACUGGUCAACGUUUCACCAGAUCUUCCAAAACUUAUCAGCUCCAUGAAUGUUCAACAGCCAAAAGAGAAUGAAAUUGUCCUCCUGAGUGGGUUAACAUCUGGAAAUCUCCAGGCAGAUUUUGAAGUUUCACAGUGUCCUUGGCUGUCAGAUAUCUGCCUGGUCCAGUGUGCAAGAGGGAAUAGACCAAACAGUACCAAUUGCAUCAUCUUUGAAAUCAACAAAUUUUUGAUUGGUCUGGAGCUGGUACAGGAGCGGCAGCUCCACCUGGAUACAAACAUCUUAAAAGUGGAGGAUGACACAAACUGUUCCUUGUCUUCAAUUGAAGAAGACUUUCUCACUGCAUCUGAGCACUUGGAGGAGGAAAGCGAGGUGGAGGAGUAUAGGAACGGUUAUGAAAAUAUAAAUGUCUCAGCCAACGUUUUAGAAAAUAAAAAGGAAGCCACUCAGGAGGGAUGGAAUUACAACAAGAAAAUGUUACUUUCUACUUUGGAAGACAAAUGCAUUAGUAAAUGCCAUACACCACUGAUUAAAGCAGAAGGAUCUCUGGGGAAGGUAGCAGAAGAUGUAACUCUGCAGAGUCUAGGUCCCUCAGCCAAGCCAUUAGCAUGGAAAGGGGAAGCUGUCGCAAAUGCAAGGCCAACCACAAAUUAUUAUUAUUCGGAAAAUUUUAAAGGUCAAGAGGAAAAAUCACGGGCACUAUAUAUUCCAGGCAAUGCUUACUUCUCAAGGAUGGUUCAGAAAGAUGGACCUUCUUCGUGUGGUACUUUCUCUGAAUGCGACAGCGACUUCGAUCCAGGAGACCACGAGGAUGGCACAAACUCUCUUCUUCCCAGACGAGAUGAGGAAGCCACAACUGGCGAGUAUGCUACAAAUUUAGCAGAAUCUGUUCUGCAAGAUGCGUUUAUUCGAUUAUCUCAGUCUCAGCCUGCCCUACCCCAGGAAUCUGCAGUCAGUGCUUCCAUAGGAAGUGCUCUGUGCCCCCGUGGCUGUUCCACGAAAGAUACUAUGGUCCCUCAGUCAUGGAAUGAGCUCCCCAAAAUCGUCGUUGUUCAGAGUCCAGAUGGUGGUGAUGCUGGCCCUGAGCCAAGUAUCUCCUCGUGGCCCGAGACAGAUGUCUCAUUUGAAACUUCAGGUGUCCUCUUUGGAGAGAAAUCCAGCAGACACCCCCAGAGUGCUCUAGAAGUGGCAUUAGCCUGUGCGGCCACUGUGAUUGGAACCAUUUCCAGUCCACAGGCCACAGAAAGACUGAAAAUGGAGCAAGAAUCCCUGGCUUCAAACUUCCCUCUGGGAGGCAAUGAACCAGUCCAAACUCAAACAUCCCAGGUACUCAAGGAACCCUCCAUCAGUGAAUACUCAUUUCUGUCUGCUCUAUGUGGCAUGACUCAGGUGGCGGGUGCCAUUGCUGUCUGUGGCCUGGGAGAACCUGGAGAGGUGAAGUGUCCUGUGGCUUCAGGUGGCCUCCUGUCUGCAGCUGAAUCUUCUACAGCAAUCCCCCCACUCUGUGGUUUAGUGGCAGGGAAAAGCGUGGAGCUGGGGAGUGAAGCCAUUGCAGAGGCACUGCUCAAGGAGGCCACUCUGAUCUUAACAAGGCCACGUACCUACAGCAGCAUGGGCGACCUCAUGGAAUCAAUGAACAGGAGAAUCACAGAAAAUGUUUCCAAGCCUCAGACCUUGUGCUCAGAAAAUGCCCUUGGGAAUGAACUAGCACAGACCCUGUCCAAUGUUAUCCUGAAACAUUCCAUUGAUGAAAUUCACCAGAAAAAUAAAAUAAUCGACCCCAAGGAUGGCAGGCACGCAUCUGAAACCCUGGACGCUUUAAUGGAAAGUACGAAUCAACUGCUCUUCAAUGUGAUAUGCUUCACAUUCAAGAAGAUGAGCCACAUUGUAAGGUUUGGUGAAUGUCCCACCGUUCUUUCUAAGGAGACCAUCAAAUGGAGGGAAACAGAAUUAGACUUCCAGCCAACUGAUCAGGUCGCUAGUCAAGUAUGGACAAAAGCCGCUGAGUGCCCCAGCGGCCAUCGGCUUAGCAAUCCUCAUGGCACGUGUCUUGUUAUCAAUGAUCUUGUAGACGAUGUGCCCCCGAAGCAAGACAGCAAGGGCCCAGAGAAGCCAGGCCUCUUCCAGAACCCCACACUGCAAUCUGAAUUGACCUGUAGUCCCAGAGUGUCUGCUGAAACAUCCCCCAAAGAAAUACAUCUGAAAGGAACAGUGGAUGAGGAUAUAAAAAACCCUCAUCAACCAUCCAGUCGCAACGAGAAUGAGUGCAGAGUCCCUUUGGAGGGAGAAAUGACACCAACAGUUGGCAAGGGCAGCAGCCGUUCCCAGGAUGCCGAGGACAGUGUCACUCCAAAUGCUGGAGAAAAAUACAAUUGUGCCUCACCUCUAAACAAUGACGUUCAAGUUAACCCGUCUUUGUUAGGGAAGGAUUUGCUGCUUCCUGCUCAGUCCACGCUGCAGGCAAAACACGCAGACAUACACUGCAUCGCAGACUUUGCAGAAGAACUAGCAGAGACGAUCGUCUCCAUGGCAACGGAAAUCGCGGCGAUUUGCCUUGACAACUCCAAUGGAAAACAACCCUGGUUCUGCGCGUGGAAAAGAGGGAAUGAGUUUCUUGUUACCCCGAACCUAUCCUGCCGAUCCUUGAAGAGGAAGAAGGAGACCCAGGCCGGUGGGGGCACCGUGAGGAAACACAAGCCCCCGCGGCUCAGCGAGAUCAAGAGGAAAACAGAUGAGCACCCGGAGCUUAAGGAGAAGCUGAUGAACAGGGUUGUGGACGAGUCAGUGAACCUUGAAGACAUCCCAGAUUCUGUCAGUACUUUUGCAAACGAAGUGGCAGCCAAGAUCAUGAGCCUCACAGAGGUCUCCGUGGUGGACGGCGGCUGGCAAGCCCAGAACUGCUCCCGGAGUCGGUUACUCAGUGGAGACAGGUGGAGCCGGCUGAAGGCCUCCAGCUGCGAAAGCAUUCCGGAGGAGGACUCCGCCGCCAGGGCGUGUGUGCGCGGCCUGGGCUUAACGGGCGCCCCGAGUCAGCCGGGCAGCAGGGCCAGCUCGGUCUCCAAGCAGUCCAGCUGUGAGAGCAUCACCGAUGAGUUUUCCAGGUUCAUGGUGAGCCAGAUGGAAAAUGAAGGACGAGGGUUCGAGUUACUGCUGGAUUACUACGCAGGCAAGAACGCCAGCAGCAUUCUGACCUCAGCGGUGCAACAAGCCUGCCGCAAAAAUGACCACCUCAGUGUGCGGUCAAGCUGUGCCUCUAAGCAGUCCAGCACGGAGAGCAUCACCGAGGAGUUCUACAGGUACAUGCUGCGGGACAUCGAACGAGAGAGCAGAGAGGGCGCUUCCUCCAGACGAAGCAGCCAGGACUGGGCCACGGGCUUGCUGUCGCCUUCUCUGCGAUCCCCGCUGUGUUACAGACAGUCGUCCAUGCCCGAUGGCAGAUCCCUGGGCGCCAGGCUGACGGUGAACGUGCCCGUCAAAGCCAACUCCUUAGAUGGCUUUGCUCAAAGGGGCCAGCACGAUUUCCUCAGCGUCCAGCGGACCAGUAGCGCUUCCUCAACAGGUCUCUACAAAUCUGACUCCUGCUUGUAUCGGAGAGGUGGGGCGGACCAGAUCACAAACAUGCUAAUUCACGAGACGUGGGCAAACUCAAUCGAAGCCCUCAUGCGGAAGAACAGAAUUAUAGCGGACGACGUCCUGGCAGCGGAGGCCGAACCGGCUUCUGGAGUCUCUCCCUCGCAAGCGGAGAAGUGUGCGAACAAAUCAGCUUCGAGCAGAGUGCAAAGUGGGCCAGCCCUUCGUGUUCAGGAGUCCGUUGAUUACCCGAGGAAAAAUUCUAUUUCUGAAAGCAAACAUACCCCAGUGUUGUCUCCAAGCAAAGCUGCUCCUCUUACAAGCCAAAACAGUUUAGAUUCUAAAAAGGAAACUUCCUCGUGCCGUGAUGCUCUCUCUCUAGGCCACACCAGGAGGUCACUUUGCUCAAGGGAAGUGCCUUUAAUUCAGAUUGAAACAGAUCAGAGAGAAGAUUGUGUUGGAGAAUCCCAACAGGUCCUUUUUGAAAGCAGCCCCCUAGAGGAAGCAGCAGAGAGUGCGAAGGAGGAAAAACUCCCAGAUGUGGUGAGGGGCGGAGACACUGCUGUCAGUUCCUGCCAAAUCCCUAGUGACAGCCUUGAUGCCAGAGAUGCACCAGAGGCGGAAGUCUCAACAGAAGGCAGAGCCCCCGAAGAGGUCCCCAACCCUCCCGGCAGCAGUGGGGACAGCACGGACAGCUGGUCCCAGCUCGCCAAUGAGGAGGACAACCCAGAUGACACGAGCAGCUUCCUGCAGCUCAGUGAGCGAUCCAUGAGCAAUGGCAACAGCAGUGCCACUAGCAGUCUUGGCAUUAUGGACCUGGACACUUAUCAGGAAAGCAUGCCAUCUUCUCCCAUGAUUAAUGAAUUAGUAGAAGAAAAGGAGAUUCUUAGAGGACAGUCAGAAAACAUAGAGGAAAAUGCCCCUGGAAUGCCCGUGGGAGCUGCCAGCCGCCAGAGGAGCCUGCUGGUGAUCAACUUUGACCUGGAGCCAGAGUGUCCUGACGCUGAGCUUCGAGCCACUCUGCAGUGGAUCGCUGCCUCUGAGCUCGGGAUCCCCACCAUCUAUUUUAAGAAAUCUCAGGAAAACAGAAUCGAAAAGUUUCUAGAUGUCGUGCGGCUGGUUCAUCAGAAGUCCUGGAAAGUGGGGGAUAUCUUCCAUGCGGUUGUUCAGUACUGCAAGAUGGACGAGGAGCGGAAGGCUGGGGCCCCGAGUCUCUUUGACUGGCUCCUGGAACUGGGAUAGGGCAGCGCUGCCUUGUAGAGUGUUCCUUCCCUUCACUCCAGCUUAGACUGCCGUGGUCUGCAACUUCCUCAAAAACAUCACAUUACAUUAACACAGCUGUUAAAAAGCCUGCUAUCCAAGUCUACUGCGCAUGGACUGAACCUGAGGAAAAGCAAAAUAUAGGUCUGCACAAAUCAACACAACCUGUAAGUGAGUUCCAAAGAGCUUGUAUUAGAAUGGCCAGGAAACCAGAACAUUUAAUGGGCCCAAACGAAAACCUUGUCACUAGGCCCAAACUCCAGGAACGUUGCACUUGCAUAUUGUUAAUAAUAUAAAUAGUAUGUAAUUUCUCCAAUUAUGUGAAUCAACUGGAAACAAAGUCACUGGUCAAAGUGAUUUUGUCAACUAAGUUGUAAUCUUUAUUUUACUUUUUUGAGUGGGUUGAGGGUCUGUCGGCUCUGGUAAACACUUAAGAUAUGGGUGAGAAAUUUCCAGAUUUUUGAUAUAAAAGCUUUCCAGUUUCAGACCAUUAUCAAUGGAUAUUAACAGAAAUGCAAGAGUGUCUCCAUGUCCUCUACUGAAGUGAUUUCAUUUAUUCACUACAGUCCACUGAUAAAUACUUCACAUCUCCCAACAGUAUCUGUAUUCCUAGUUAAUCAGAAAACUACCGCUGUUCAGCUGAGAGAGAGAAAGAUCAAAGACUGUCUUGUUUCCAUCCCAAUAUGACAUGAGUAACAUGAUUACAAAACUCUCAUCCUAAGGGAAUGCUUUCUUACAAAAAAAGAGUCUUGUGAUAAAAUCUGCUUGUAUAUUAAAUUAUACAAAAUAUAAA